GACUGGAUGACAAACCGAGACGACAUUAUGACUUCUAGGGAAUCGAUGACUGGUCCUGAUGGUGCGAGUGGGAGUAAUGUGACUCUAGAAUACACACUCCGAGUGGCAUGUCUUCAAUCACAUAUCGACCAGCGGGCUCUUCAACCCAAAGAGCCCGAAAAACCCAUAACGCCCAUGACCACACCCUCUCGACGGAGUAAUGAAGGAUCCACAAGCUUUUUCGCCUUUGACCUGGGGAGUCUGAUGGGGAGAGACUCUUCGAAGAGCCCCAAAUACCCAGAGAAACUAUUGAAGAUUAUGGAUGCUUCGCUCAAAAGAACUGCUAUGGGUCAAGAGCCAAAAUUCUCGGACAACAGGUUUCGUCGUUCUGCCGCAUCGUUUUGGGGAUCCGUCUGGGCCGACAAAACCUUUCAACGUCAACAACGAGAAUCUAGAAAGAUUGAAGAUCUCAUUCUCGCUUUUGUCACCGCCUGCACUAAAGUGUUGAAGAAGGAUGAAGAGCUAGCUGAUGGGGCUUGGAAGUUUGAACUCAACACACAAAUAUCUCUCUUCCUUGAGCUCGUCUCGGACUCCCUCGCUUCCACCGGACAAACAUCUCCAGAACUCGCCAGUAGAAUAGAAAGUUACAGAGCGAGGCUAAAGCCCGAGCCCGAAAGAGUCAGCAGUGACAGGGGUCAUGGAGAAAGCGACGUCAUCAGCGUCAAGAGCUCUAGGAAAGGUAAAGAGAAAGAAGAUGAUAUAAGGG